AUGUCGUACAGUAGAUCGACAUCGUACUCGAGUGCACUCGCGCGCACGCGUUAUCUGGACGCCUUUCAGUCGAUAGAUGCCUCUAUACCGAGGAUCGGACCCACCGACGCGCAAGCGUCAUCUACGAUGGAUCGUCUAGAAGAAGAAAUCAUAGACAUACGUCUUCUCCUGAGCGCAGUGAAUGAGAGACGGAACGAACUUGCCCUGGUGUCUAUGCUGCCACCAGAGGUUAUGACACACAUAGUCUCAUUCCUCAGGGAUAUCUGGCCUAUCUACCUAGGUUCUGCAUAUCGCUCAGGUGGAAGGACCCUCGGAUGGGUUACCGUGACGCACGUCUGCCGACGCAUGCGCAACAUCUGUCUGGAGCAACGGUGGCUUUGGGCCCAUUUAUCCCCAGAUGAUGGACAACCUUGGAAGAUCUUCGUCGAACGAGCAAGCGGAUCCCCCCUUGUAGUCAAGGGCUUAUUGGACAGAGAGUCAUACGCGGCAGAACGCGUACGAUCCAUCAUCCAGAGCCAGGAUCAACUGCAAGAGCUCUCCCUGGACUUUGCCGAGUACCAUCAACUUCAAGAGCUAGCGCAUGGUCUGACCGGGCCCUUACCCCAUCUUCAAGUGCUCCGGCUGUUUUCAACAGACUAUCCCGCGACAGGACUGCAAGAAUCUCGCGCAUCGCUUUACCCACAAUUGCUAGCUGAUGCGGCACCGGCACUACGCUGCCUGGAUGUCACUGGCGUUAUCUUCCCAUGGGGCAGCGGCUCUGCGAGCCUUACACAGUUUCACUACACAUCCAACGUCAAUGGGCUACCUAUGAGGUCUAUGCCACUCAGUCUUAAUGACAUCAUCUCUUCGUUGCGAUUGAUGCCGGCGUUGAUGUCUUUCAAAUUGUUCGAUGCACGCCCGGCUCUUUCGACCAUACCAAUCGACGCAGUCCGUCUACCCCAGCUUGCGGAGUUGCAUAUCAAUACCCUCGACAACUCCUGUUGGCAUCUUUGGUCGCUGAUGGACCUUCCCCGGCUUUUGCAUCUCCGUAUCCGUGGCGAAUACAGUGAGGGGACUGCCGCACUCACAACACCGAGAUUACAGCUUCUCUACGCCUCCCAUGCCCCGUGGAGCCCGUCGUUGCACGUCGGGCUCGGACAAGAAUUCGUCACUUUCGAAUUGACAAAGGAUGAGCUACCGUCCUUUUCUGAUAGUCAACGCGGCGAAUCGCACCUUUCACAACACCUCCCGUUCAUCUCUCUCGAAGUUUCUCGCGGCGACAUUCAGUCCAUGGCUCGGCAAUUCAGUGAUAUAAUCCAAGCCGACGCUAUCACCACCAUCGAUGUCACGGUCCCAGAAAGAAGCGACUAUUGGCGAGCCUUCGAAGGCUUCCAUGAGGCCUUCAUGCCCGCGAGCUCGGUCACGACACUCAUCUUUCGUCAACGGACAGAAUUUGGCCUCGCGGCCCUCACACGGGCUGAGAGCGCUUCCGAUUCUCCCUCAAGGGCUGGCCCAUCAACGUUCUCAGAUAGCGACGAAUCUCGUAUCAUGCUGUUUCCGCGCCUACGCAACUUGACAUGCGUAUCCAUGAACUUUACACUCGUCACCGAUCGCGCUCAUCCUAACAUUCAGACCCACUCGGUGAUGGACCGGGUUUUGAAGGCCCGCUCAAAACAGGCGGAGGGUGGCAUCCAGCAGCUGACCAUCCAAUCCUGCGACGUUUCGUCCGAUUGGGUCAAGGGUUGGUCUGAGUACGUCGAGGAUGUGCAAUGGGACGGGGAGCAGGGGAGCGCCGCCGCACCCACCCGACGUCGGCGCCGUUGA